AUGAGCAACCAAAUAGGCUUUGAUGACCUUGAUUUUGUUACGGAGAUUGGCAAAGCUCCUCGACGAAAUCCUCGCAACGAUGCAGCGACUGGCGCUUCAGCUGCUGGUGUUCGCGCAGUCAGCGCGCAGAUGGUAGCAUUUUACUUCAGAGCCCCCAUUAAAGCUUUUUUCCGUACUCGAGUUGAUUACAUGGCAUAUGCGCGGGCUGUCUAUCCUCAUUCAACUGGAAAGCGUUGGUCAUUACACACCACGACACCAGGCCUGAUCGUUCAUGCUGUUCGUACCUAUGGUUGGCGCUUCAUACCCAAUCAGAUUUUACCCCCGUUGUUGGCAAAUGCCGGGAUUGGCGCUGUCCUCUACACGUCGUACCUCCAGACCCUCGGUAUACUGUAUGAACCAAUUUCACGUGGUGUCAAGCGUGUAUAUCCUCCCGCCUCUCCUUUUCAUACAUUUGCAGCUGGCUGUGCAGCUGGGACAAUACAAUCGAUUGUGGCUGCGCCCCUAGAUGCCCUUCAGAUUCGACUUCGAGCCAAUGAUAUGCUGCAAGGUCAAUAUCGAAGCAUGUGGCAUUAUGGGCAGUGCAAAUUAAGGGAGAUUGGUAUUCGCGGUAUCUUCACUGGCUGGAGUUUAUCGCUUUUGCGUGACUCACUAGGCUAUGCCGUAUUCUUCUGCUCUUUUGAAUACAUAAAGUCGCAGGCAUAUUAUUCCUUCAUCACAAGAUUCUAUGGAUCCCUGCCCGCUCACCAUUUGGACAAAUUACAGUCUUCUGAUUCAAGUGACCGAGGGGUACCUCUCAUCAAACCCCAUUACAGCCUAGAGCCGUGUUUUCUCAUGUUCGCUGGUGUUGCAGCGUCUAUUGCUCAACAAGCCGUGCAGCACCCGUUAGGUGUUGUUCAAGGCAUUCACUAUGCUCGAUUAGAAUACCUUGAUCAUCAGGUCAAUCUUCUUUCUUCACAAGGGCGCAUGAUGCGAGUCUAUUAUUCCGCUUACCGAGAGACUUCCAAGCGUUGCAGAAAGAAAGCAGCGCGUGCCGGAGGUUGGCGUCGAUGGCUGUUCCGUGGGUUUGCUGGAAGUGCCAUCCGCCAAGUCCCUAGUACUAGUGCUGGCCUAGUGAUAUUCGAACUUGUGCGUCGCAAAUAUGCUAAUCCGGCAGACGCAAUCUACAUCCGAAAAGAUGGGUAUGAUAUCCUCCUGACUUGA